CUUAGGUUGUGUAUUUGAGGGCUGCCUGACUACCUGGUUGGGCGUUUUUCUCUCCAGUAAGAGACACAUUUGUGUCUGGGUGCUCUGACUUCCUGUGGGUGGAUCUGCGACAGCAUGGUGUGGCCGUUGGUUUGCAUACUGAUCCUAGAUUACAAAGAGGAACACAUUACACCUGAGUUAGCUGUCUGAGCUCCACACGACAUCCUGAGAAACAUUCCUGCUGUUACCUUCCACCUGACAUCCAUCGGCUCCACACCAGAGAUCCUUCUUGAUGAUGGCAUUCUGGUUCCAGAUGUGCAUCUUGGUGGGAAUCCUUUUACUGCCGUCACCAGUGAGAGGCAGAGUGGAAAAAGAGCUUUCUCCAGAGUGCAGAGAGUUCCUCUACAUGGAAACACCCCCGACAGGUCUGGAACACCACUCUGUCAAGUUCAUUUGUCAGUUUUACAACAAGAGACCACGCUACAUGACGUUGUACAACACUGUGGAUCACAUACCCAUCUACUCUGCCUACACCUUCAAACGCUCAGAUGGGGAGAAAUGUGUGGACGUCCCCUGGAUGUAUGAGCCACAGCUGUCCACCUCUUCUGGCACGCACGAAAUGCAGCCCUUCCCUAGUGGCUACAUGCACAUGAAUUUCAAAGAUGCCCAAGCUACACUGGACGACUACACUAACGCCGUCCAGUACGAGCGCGGCACCCUCAACCCAGACGAGCACCAGGACGAACCAGACGACAAGGCCUCCACCUACACGCUCACGAAUGUUGUGCCUAUGGUGCCUGAUGUCUACAACAGAAUCUGGAACAAACAGGAGCACGUCGUCCGCAAACGGCUCAACAACUACUGCAGAGGAAAGGCUUACAUCGUGACGGGUAUCACCAACUCAGGGAAUAUGAUCCGCAGGGACAACAUGAACCGCAUCGCAGUUCCCACCUACCUGUGGUCGGCCUAUUGCUGCAUCCACUACGACCACAACACACCUUAUACUGAACGUUAUAAGUUUCCAUCUUUUGCUCAUUACAGCCUCAACGAGGACGAGAGCAACGAGGUGGUGGAGCUCUCUGUCCAGAAGCUGAAGGAGUUCCUGAAGAAGACUGCAUUUGUGAACCAGAGUUUUCAGAUCUUUGCGGGGGACUGCAUGCCCCCAUCAUCCAGUAAUAAUAAAGAACAAGUUUAAAUGAAAGGGAGCAACGAUCUAUUUUAUCUCAUUCAGCAAGUCAAAGCUAACACUCUUCUGUAACUAGCUCAUGAGACCUAUACAUGUAGGUUUGGACUAUAAACAAUGGAAACAAAUGUCCGAC